AUGUGCACUGUUGUUGCCACAUUGACCGCAGCGGGCCAAGGUCAAUCUGGCAUGGGAGGCGGAGGCGGAGAGGGACGAGAGGAUAAGGACAAGAAGAAGGAUAAGCCCAAGUACGAGCCGCCCCCAAGGCCUACAACCCGCGUUGGCCGCAAGAAGCGUAAGCAGGGCGGCACCAGCGCCGCCGCCAAGCUGCCUGCCGUCUUCCCCACGAGCCGAUGCAAGCUGCGCUUGCUCCGCAUGCAGCGCAUUCACGACCACCUGCUGCUCGAGGAGGAGUACGUCGAGAACCAGGAACGGUUGCGCAAGGCCAAGUCUGCCAAGGAGGGUCAGGCUACUUCAUCUGAGGCCGACGCUGACCGAAACGCCGACGAACGCAGCCGGGUUGACGACAUGAGAGGCAGCCCGAUGGGCGUAGGCACGCUGGAGGAGCUGAUUGAUGACGAUCACGCCAUUGUCAGUAGCACAACCGGGCCUGAAUACUAUGUCAGCAUCAUGAGCUUUGUCGACAAAGACCUCUUAGAGCCUGGCGCCAGCGUCCUCCUUCACCAUAAAAGUGUCAGCAUCGUUGGCGUUCUUACUGACGACGCGGACCCUCUUGUCACCGUCAUGAAGCUUGAUAAGGCGCCGACAGAGUCGUACGCCGAUAUUGGUGGUCUCGAGCAGCAGAUCCAGGAGGUGCGAGAGUCUGUCGAGCUGCCACUACUGCAUCCUGAGCUGUACGAGGAGAUGGGUAUCAAGCCACCCAAGGGUGUCAUUCUCUACGGUGCGCCUGGUACUGGCAAAACACUGUUGGCCAAGGCUGUGGCAAACCAAACAUCAGCCACAUUUCUCCGCAUUGUGGGGAGUGAGUUGAUUCAGAAAUAUCUUGGUGACGGCCCUCGGCUUGUUCGACAAUUAUUCCAGGUGGCCGGAGAAAACGCACCCUCUAUUGUGUUUAUUGACGAGAUUGAUGCGAUUGGUACGAAGCGAUAUGACUCUACAUCGGGCGGUGAGCGUGAAGUGCAGCGAACCAUGCUGGAGCUGCUCAACCAACUCGACGGCUUUGACGACCGCGGCGACGUCAAGGUUAUCAUGGCGACCAACAAGAUCGAAACGCUGGACCCGGCGCUGAUCCGGCCCGGACGUAUCGAUCGCAAGAUCCUGUUUGAGAACCCUGAUACCAACACGAAGCGCAAGAUCUUCACACUGCAUACGUCCAAGAUGAGCCUGAGCGACGACGUGGACCUGGAGGAGUUCAUCUCGCAAAAAGACGACCUGUCUGGCGCCGACAUCAAGGCUAUUUGCUCCGAGGCGGGUAUGAUGGCACUGCGCGAGCGCCGCAUGCGCGUGCAAAUGGGCGACUUCCGCACGGCCAGGGAGCGUGUGCUCAAGACAAAGCAGGAGGGCGAGCCCGAGGGUCUGUACUUGUAA